UUGGACUUUCACAAUGAUGUCGCUUCGGCGACUAUCCCCGGACCCUUCAAGAUUUAUGGACCACGACAGGAGCUUGUGUACGACAAGAUCAAGUUAAUGGAUACUUAUCCUUGGAAACCGUUUCUCAUGUCACAUUUGGCUUUUCUUCACUUAGAUGAAAAGGUGACGAGUUAUCCUAAUGUGUUGGGGUUGGACAAAUUUGCUCAAAUGAAUGAACCAGCGAGAGUAAUGGUGGUCUUUGAAUUCUUUACAACAUUGAAACCAAUUGACAAGGGAAAGGAAUUAGCUUGUCGCUUUCAAGGGAAAGAGGUGCAAAUCACAUAUUCUCCUCUUAUGAGCGAGAUCUUGGGUUUCUCGGCUAUGGGGCUGAGAAAAAUCCUUUCGGAGUUUAAUAUUCAUAUGGCGAGCACUGAUUCGUGUCAUCACCGGUACCCAUUUUCCUCCGAUCUUGUGGCUCUUUAUAUUAAGAUUGCGUCUCAUUUUGGCCUUUUUUAUGGAAAGGAGUGUGUGAAUAUGAAGUAUAUAGAUGACGAGGAGCUCAUACUAUCUCACAUCGCCAUAAACGGUACCACACUUCAUCCUCACGACCCGAGAAUGCUUAACGCUUUCAAGAAGGCCCGAGGUGAAGAACUGAUCGGGCUAGCUAAACCGUCCAAGAAUGUCGAACUUUCUCUCUCUGAUGCUUCCCAACCGGCCGCUGAGCAUGCUUCUCACUCUACCAACUACACUCCAAACCCGUGGGACAAGUUAGUCGCGCAAAUGCCCGCCAUGAUGGAU